CUGUGUGUGGUGUGUGAGGGAGGGAGGAAAAGAGCGUCUGAAGCAUUUCACAUAAGAAGCAGUGUGAGUUGUAAAACGUCAGCAGGAGGAACUGAUCAAACUCUCAUGGUGCUUUUAUUACUUUGACUUGAACAACAGGAUCAAGUGAAGUAAUCAGGCGGGUUUUUUUUUAAUCAAGUUUGUGGGAGAGGUUUUUCACUCAGUGGGAGGUGAAGAGUUGUUGUUUUUUUUUUAACUUGAUUUCCUGAAGUGCUAUCAGACUUAACUAGAAUAUAAUCAUUCUGUUAGUCGGGAAUCACCAGUGACUGAUGGACAUCGAGAGCUAGAGAUUGUGUUCCUUGUGAUGUGCGUUGUUGGCACCAUCUCAGCCCCUUCAAGACGUUCAUGGGAAAAAAGCUCCAGAGGGGAAGGACCUGCAGGCAGAGGAGCUCAGCACCAGGAGAGAAUGAAGGCAUUUAGGGACCUGUUCAUGGAGCUUGAGCGGUGACAUCUGAAGUGGAGUUUUUUUCUUCCCCAUCUGUUUGAGCAGCUUAGCAGGUGUGAAGAAGUGGUAACAGCUGUUUGGUGGAUGUCUCUGAAAGUGUUGAAGGUGAGGAGGCUGAGUGCCCGUCUGCAGCUAUGGUCGUUGAGACGAGCUUUCCUCCCCCCUCAUCAUCAGUGAUCCUACCGUUUGUCUCAGCAUGUCGGACUCCCCUGCUGCUUCCAUCCUCUACAUCGUCUUGGAGCUGCUGAUUGCCGUCUUCUCCGUGCUGGGCAAUGUGCUGGUCUGCUGGGCCGUGUGCCUCAACAGCAACCUGCAAACCAUCACCAACUUCUUCGUGGUGUCGCUGGCUGUGGCCGACAUCGCCGUGGGGGUCCUCGCCAUCCCCUUCUCCAUCGUCAUCAGCAUCGGCUUCUGCUCCAACUUCUACGGAUGCCUGUUCAUCGCCUGCUUUGUGCUGGUCCUCACCCAGAGCUCCAUCUUCAGCCUGCUGGCCAUCGCUAUCGACCGCUACAUCGCAAUCAAGCUGCCGCUCCGGUACAACAGCUUGGUGACAGGGGAGCGUGCACGAGGCAUCAUCGCCGUCUGCUGGGUUCUAUCCAUCAUCAUCGGCCUGACUCCCAUGAUGGGCUGGAACAAGCAGCAGUCCGACAACAAGAGUGACGACAACAGCUCGUGCCCCCCUAACCUGAUGAAGUGCUUGUUUGAGAAUGUGGUGGUCAUGGAGUACAUGGUCUACUUCAACUUCCUUGUCUGUGUGCUGAUCCCCCUGCUGCUGAUGUUGGCCAUCUACCUGUGCAUCUUCAUGGCCGCUCGGCGCCAGCUGAAGCUGAUGGAGGUGAAAGCGCUCCACGGGGAGAGGUCUCGCUCCACGCUGCAGAAAGAGGUCCAGGCCGCAAAGUCUCUGGCCAUCAUCGUCGGGCUGUUUGCUGUCUGCUGGCUGCCUCUGCACAUCAUCAACUGCUUCACCCUCUUCUGCCCGCACUGCGAUCGCCCCCAGCCCUGGAUCAUGUACGUGGCCAUCAUUCUCUCGCACACCAACUCUGUGAUCAACCCGUUCAUCUACGCCUACCGCAUACAGGAGUUUCGGAAAACCUUCCGGAAGAUCAUCCAGCGCCACAUCCUGGGCCGGCAGGAGCUGCUUGAGAGCCGCGGCUCCGCCCACAACAGCAUCAGCGACUCCAUCAGACUCAAUGCGAACUGCGUUAGCAUUGAUCGCUUCUCUGAGCACAGCAGCUGCAGCAACGAGAGCUCCUACCGAUGCCCUGCUCGGAUCUCUCCAGUAGGGGGCGGUUUAGUGGCGGUAUCCCACCCCCCUCUGUCGGUGGUGAUUCCCUUCUGUCCUAAGAUGGGCCCCUGUCCACUGCAUGCACUCAGACAGGCUCAGAUCCCCACAGACUGCGCUGGACCAGAAGACGGGCAGAAUAAAUACAAGGAGAACCUCAGCUCAGCCCAGAUCACAUCCCUGUUAAACAAGCAGAGGAGGAGGAAUGGCUUCAACGAGCUCGCAAAGGCAUCCUGACACAUGAGCAGGAGGAACGUUUUUUUUUUUUUACAUAUGUAAGAGUUUAACUUCAGCUCCUCAGGAGGAAGUAAAGAAUCAGAAUUAUUCCUUAUCUGCAAUGACAAUGGAAACACUCUAAACGGAUAAGAGACCACAUAACUGAAUCUUUUCAUUUGGAAGGUUGUUGUACUGCUCAUGGACCAAAAGAUGGUGUAAUGCUUUUUAACAUCCCAGAUGACCAGGAGCAGCUGAGCGACUCACAGCUUUUAUCACGUCACACACUUAUUCUAACCCGAAAUGCCUUCACUUCCUUCCUCUAUGAUGAUGAAGUUCAUGCAGGAGGGCGUAAAGUUCAACAGUGACGGCGGCUCUGGUUCUGGAAGUAAUUUUUUCCGUUCCAAUCCUCCCUUGAUUUUUCACAAAAUCCUUAUAUCAAUAGAGAGAAGCCUGUAACCAUGACAACCUCAAUGGCUUUGAAAAAACGGAGAGGAAGGCAAAGGUACAAGACUGUGCACAUCGUUCUCAUCCAGAGUCAAGGAACUACGACUCCCACAAUGCAUUGCGAAUGAGCCCUCUUCUUGAUGUAACUUUAGUCGUUGUUAUCAUGUUUAAACUGUUGAUACAAGUGUUUUAAUAUGUUGCAGUUUGUGUUGUUGAAAAUAUAAACUACAUUCACUGCAGCACAACAAGGUUGUUAGUACAUUUACCGUUAGCUAAUUAACCAGCUAACCUGCUAGGGAAACUAUCCGUUAGCAUACAGGAAACAUUGCCAUGGUAACAGCGAGCUCCACCAAUCAGAGACGUCGCUGUGACACUCUAUGAUUGUGGAUAUUGUAGUUCUUAAAGCAAGGUUGAUAUCAGAUGAACUUGUGACUUCUACAGGAGCAUAAACCAUCGUUACAAACUCAGGUAGCUCGUGUUCAGUCUACCUGUGAUGGUUAUGACAUCAUGACUUAUAAUCAAAUCAACUAUGGAGGAAAUUAACAGGAUUUUUACUUCCAGAACCAAACUGUUGAGCUUGAUGCCAACCCUGGCCACCCUUAGACACGCCCCUGACUGCAUGAUCCAGAAAGCUGAAAUGACAUCGUGUGAAGGGAUGACCAUAAAGCCUUAGGGUUAGAGAGGCGUUGAAUGAUGCACUGUACAAGCGUGUCAGUGGCUAAAAACACAAACAUCUUUCAGGGAUGUAAGGAGACAUGUACGAUGUUGGAUUUCACCUCUUAUCACUACCAUGGAUCCUGGAGAGAGGAACGUUCCUCGAGCUGCAUUGCACAAACAUUUCCCCUGUUUUCAGACCGUAACCAUCUCAAGAAGAGCGCCGUCACCAGAGAUCACACUUCAGACAUUUUUCCCUUUUUGGCUGAUUCCCCUCUCAUUUCAUUCUUGACAUUUUUAAAUUAAACUUUUUUUAAGGUACUCUUGAGUCGUUGUGUCUCGACUGUGUGUGUGUUUAAGUUAUACUCGUGUAAAUGUCGUCUUCUGACUGAUGGAGGGUUUGAAGACAGAUUGUGAAUGAAGUCUGUUUUCAAACUCUUUUUAUAAUGUUGGAAUAAGAAAUUGUGUUUAGUUCAGAUAUCACCUUCUGUCAUGUUACAGGCUUUAAAUAAAUUCUCUGACCUUUUCAAA